GGAAAGACAGUGUACGUGGUUGAAUCCCCGAAAACCUCCUGCUCCUCUUUCGCAUCCCCCAACUCCCUCUCUCUAUCUCUCUUCACCUUGUCGUUGACACUACUCUGCAAAUCUCCACCCUCCCGUCCUACACCAUCAACCACCGUCAACCACCAUGUAUCGCACGGCGGCGAUGCGCCUCCUCGCCGACUCUCUCCGAUCAAUCAAAACCGUUAGCAAUAGUAGAAGCAUCACUACUACUCUUCUUAACUAUCAUCGCUCUUCAAUUCUCACUUCCUCUCGAUUUUCUACUUCCACUUCUAAUCACUCAUUUUCCGCUUCUAACCCUAACCCCAAUCCUCCCAGUUUUGACUCCACUCAAUCUGAAACCCCUAAUUUUUCCGAUCAUUCCUCUUCGUCUUCUCAAUCGACGUCGUCUUCAUCGGAAAUACCUCGCUCUAGUCGCCCUAUUGUGGAAUACAAGGAGGAGCAGGCUCGUGUUCUUCAAGCUUCCCUACGUCACGUGGAGAGGUUGGGUUGGAGUGAGGCAGCAAUGAUGGCGGGCGCGAAGGAAGUUGGUAUUUCUCCUUCGAUUUUUGGGUCAUUUGCUAGGAAAGAAGCUGCCCUUGUUGAGUGUUUCAUGGAUGAGUGUUUGGAAAGACUUAUUGAUAUAAUUGAGUCUGACACAGAGCUGAAGGAAUUGAUUCCCAGUCAGCGCAUAUCAAAACUUGUGAGGACCCGACUGGAAAUGCAGGCUCCAUAUAUAUCGAAAUGGGCCCAGGCUCUUAGUAUUCAGGCACAGCCUACAAAUAUCCCUACAAGUUUCAAGCAACGUGCUGCUUUAGUUGAUGAGAUAUGGCAUGCUGCCGGUGAUGAUGCCUCUGAUUUUGAUUGGUAUGUGAAACGUACUGUGCUUGGUGGAAUAUACUCCACAACUGAGGUUUACAUGUUAACUGACAAGUCUCCAGAUUUUCGGGACACAUGGGCAUUCUUGGAUGCACGAGUUAGUGAUGCCUUUGAUUUAAAGAAGACCUUGCAAGAGGCUCAGUAUUUAGCGGAAGCUGUAGGUGCAGGCUUUGGUGGCUCGUUUCAGGGACUAGUGAAAGGAGUUUUCAAAAGAUGAUUCCUCCUUCCUGAAAAACGUGUAAACAAUUUAACAUGCAGUUACAAUUAUAUGGAUAUGCUGAAAUUUGAAUGCUCUCUAUACAAAAACACAUGAAGCAGCUCGUCCGACUCCUGCCUAGGAUUUAUGACCUAGCCUUGUGCCGUUUGGAAGGUUAGAAUUCAUUCAGAAUUGCAAUGUUGCUGGUGUUUUUGCUUCUCCUGCUUGUUGGUGACCUAUUAGGGGAUGCAAAGAGAGAAGGCUUCAUUUUCUCUUCCAUUUUAUAUAAAACAGUAAUAAUUUUUAUGAAACUGUUGGAUGUGCAGAUGUGCUAAUAAUGUCACUCUGUUUGAUGUUGAUAUUACUUCAUUCGUCAUUCUGCUAGUUUGUUACGACUUUUAUGAUGUUUACAUACCUUUCUUACUUAUGGAAAGCAACUCAUUUACGCA